GGAACUUCCCGACGAGCCUUCGGGAGCGGGAGAGCAGCAAUUGGAGCCGGACCGCGGUGCGUCGCUGGGAGUCGUCCUCCAUUAGGAACGGAGAGCCAUGUGGGCUCGUGGUGCGUUAAACCUCCUCGGGAGCCGGACGGGAGGCGUUUUAUAUCGUUCUCAGUUAAUCUGGAAUGGACAACUUCGCGCGAACCACUGGCAGUCUUCCAUCUUGGAACUGAGAACAGCUCUGCCCACGAGAGCUGAGCCCCCGAGGAAGAAGAAGAGGAUCGAUCCAAAGAAGGACUUCGCUCAAAGAGAACGGCUGAAAAAGAAAAUCAGAAAAUUGGAAAGAGCAGCUCAAGAGUUGGUGCCUAUUGAAGACUUCAUCAUCCCGUUCAGAUUCAUGGAUGAAAAAAGGGUCCGAGAGCUUCCACCGCCGUCCCUUGAAGAAAGUGAAAAACGAGCGAAACUUUUGAAACGGUGGGCCGCCUAUAAGCAACGACAGGACAAGGCCGAAAUGGACACCAUAGAAACUCUCGUCGCCGCUCAAGAGCAGGCCUUAAGGGAAUUGCGCCUGGAGUCGGAAGCGCUGUAUCAAGCAGCCAUUCUGCGGGAUGAUUGCUUGUUCCCUUUCGACAGGGAAGAACCCCUGCACACACCCCCUCUGGCUACGUACGAAGCCCCCGAAGGAAAAUGCAACGAUCUCACGCGAACCUAUACGUACUGAUUUGGGUUGCGGGAAAAGCAACGCCAUCAGCAAGCGUAAACGCACUCCAUUAUGUUCUACCUGACCAUUGUUUGGAUCUCAAUCACCAGUCCAAUGUAGCUGUUUGAUAAACCUACCAUUGAGACACAUAGAUCAUACAAGAGUCGGGGUGUAGGGGGAAAAGAUUUGAAUAGAGUUUAAUCAUCUACGUGCUCCCAUGUUUGAGUGGCCACAUGCAUUUAUUCAAUAAAUAAAAGCUUGUUGUGAGAUACCUAUGAGCCAAUUGGAAGAGAUUAAUUUUCUUGGGGGGAUUGAAAACGCAAUGCAUCUGAGGCCCCAUCCUAAUUAUUCUGAGCUGAUUUUUAAGAUAUUAAGAUGAAGAUUAAUUUAAAUCUUGAAGAUUCUUAAGAUAUUAAAAUUAAGAUUUUUAUGAUAUUAAGAUGAAGAUUCUUAAGAUAUUAAGAUGAAGAUUCUUACGAUGUUAAGAUGAAGAUUCUUAAGAUAUUAAGAUUCUUAAGAUAUUAAGAUUCUUAAAAUAUUAAGAUUCUUAAACAAUUAAGAUUAAGAUGGGGAGACAUGAUAGCAGUGUUCCAAUAUCUCAGGGGCUGCCCCAAAGAAGAGGGAGUCAAGCUAUUCUCCAAAGCACCUGAAGGCAGGACAAGAAGCAAUAGGUGGAAACUAAUCAAGGAGAGAAGCAACUUAGAACUAAGGAGAAAUUUCCUGACAGUUAGAACAAUUAAUAAGUGGAACAGCUUGCCUGCAGAAGUUGUAAAUGCUCCAACACUGGAAGUUUUUAAGAAGAGGUUGGAUAACUAUUUGUCUGAAGUGGUGUAGGGUUUCCUGCCUAGGCAGGGGGUUGGACUAGAAGACCUCCAAGGUCCCUUCGAAUUCUGUUAUCCUAUCCUAUCCUACUGUAUAUUAAUAGUAGGUGGGAUUAAUGUAUUGAUCAGUGUUUCGUAAAAAUUCCACUUCUUGCUACUCUUCGGGAAAUUGAAUAAACUAUACUUAACGA